AUGAAAUUUGUAUUCAUUAAAAAUAUUAUAUACGUAUUUACAUAUUUUUUAUUUUACUUCAAGUAUCCCUUUUUAGAAGAAAUCUGGAAAAAGUAUGAAUUUGAUGAAGCUGUAAAAGAGAGUGAUGUGACUGAUAUUUCUUCAUUAUGCAAUGCUUAUAGUACUUAUAUCGAUUGCUCUGCAAACGAACAAAAUCAUAUAUAUAUGAAACUUUUAAGAAAUUUGAGGAACCUAUAUAAUAGUGAUAAAUCGGGGGACGAUUUUAAUAAUCACGGUUACAAUAUAUUUUAUUGGUUAUAUUAUGGAAUAAAGGAUGAUUAUAUUACUGAUACUAUUAUUAACAGUAUUUUUCAGGCAUCAUGUAAGCUAAUAGAGGAUAAAUAUAGCUUCUCUGAAACAAAAAUUUUAGUAAUGUUAUAUACAUUUAUUUAUAAUAUUGAUGUUAUUCAACAAAUAUUAACCAAUAAUAUUGAUUCUAUUAUAUGCUCUUGUAAAAAAUUUAUCAAAGAAUGUGUAUAUUCAUAUAGGUAUAUGCAUAAGCAUUACUGUCCAAAUAAUACGAUUACAAACACCAAUAUGCGUACCUGUCUUCCAGUAAAGAAUUUUAAAGAAUCUUAUGAGAAAUAUAUUUCCAAUGAAAACAAAUAUGAAUUACCAGAUUUAUCAUCUAAAACUCCUAUAAAUAUUAUAGAUUGUAGCCCACCAGAAGAAAUUAUGUCAGAUCCCGUUAUUCCAGUACCAAGCAAUCAAUCAGAACGUUCUAUAAUUCAAAGCGCAUCACAUGCUCUGGUAGCAAUAGCUGGAAUAACUAAUCUUUUAGUAUUAAUAUAUAAAGUAAAUACAAUUUUUAUUCAAAAUUGUUAA